AUGGACACCGGGUCUCAUCUCUCUGCUCUGUCUCAGCGGAUCGGCUCCACUUGGUUCCGCCCAUACUGCUGCCAUCAGACGUGUCCUCCCCUGCGUUGCUCAGUUACUGGGCUACCCCCUGGGGCAGCCUGCCCAGAAAGGGAGGUGGGCAAGGGGGAGGAGGGCACGAUGAGCAUCUUCAGUGCAAGAACACUUCUUCCAGAGCAUGGGGCCAGGCUCACUGCCUUACAUGGCGGUCUGGGACUGGCACUGGAGGACAUCUGCCACAUUCUGCUGGUCAAGGCCACCCUCAAAGUCCGGCUCCGAGUCAGGGGGCGAGGCAACGGGGAGCCUUUGGCAGAUGGCCUACAAAGCGGCACUGCGGGGGCCUUCGCCAGGGGGUUCAUCCUCACAGUCCUCACACUGUCCUUCACAGAAGCCUGCCCGGACCUUCGAAGCUCCAGGAGGGAAAUGGAUGGCUGCGCGGGCCGGGAGCAGGCACGCCUGCCCUCUCGCCUCCAGGCAGGAGAAGAAAUGAAACUGGAGCGCGUGUCCAUCCUCCCGCGCAAGGAAGGGCCCCCGGUGCGGCUCCCCCAGCCCGGGAAGCUGCUGGCCGUGCCCUUGCUGCUGGCCCUGCUGUCCUGCGGCCUCACGGCGCUGUCCUUCUACCGCGUGGCCGCCCUGCAAGCCGAGCUGGGCAGCCUCCGGGCCGAGCUGCGUGAGCGCCGCGCAGAGCCACGGCCAUUGCGCGCGGCCUCCGCGGCCGCCAACGGGAGCUGGCGCGGCUGCAGCCCCGGACGCGCCACUCGGCCGCAGGGGCCUCUGCAGCGGCGUGCGCCCUUCUUGCAGGGCGUCUCUGCACCUCCAGCCCCCGGAGGCGGCCACCCCAGGCGAAGCCUCAGGAGCAAGCGUGCCACCCCGGGUCCGGAAGGAACAGUAACUAAAAGGAUGUAUUUUUGCUUUUCAGUCACUCAAGACUGCUUGCAACUGAUUGCAGACAGUGACACGCCUACUAUACGGAAAGGAGCGUACACGUUUGUCCCGUGGCUGCUCAGCUUUAAAAGAGGAAGAGCCCUAGAAGAAAAAGAAAAUAAAAUACUGGUCAAAGAAACCGGUUACUUCUUCAUAUAUGGUCAGGUUUUAUACACUGAUAACACCUUUGCCAUGGGGCACCUGAUACAGCGUAAAAAAGUCCAUGUCUUUGGGGACGAGCUGAGUCUGGUGACUUUGUUCCGAUGUAUUCAAAACAUGCCUGAAACAUUACCCAAUAAUUCCUGUUACUCAGCUGGCAUCGCAAAGCUGGAGGAAGGAGAUGAACUCCAGCUUGCAAUACCACGCGAGGAUGCUAAAAUAUCACGGGAUGGAGACGGCACAUUUUUUGGUGCACUGAAACUUCUGUGACCUACUUCCACCUUGUUUGUGGCUAUUUUUCUCCCUUUCUCUGUACCUCUUGAGGAGAAAACACUUAACUGGAAAUAACAAAAGGAGAAAAAAACAGUAGUUAACGUAGCCUUUUCUGUGAGGCAUUUGUUUUGGUUUGCUGGAACUAGACUCAAACAGGAAAUUUAACAGACAACCUCAGCCAAAGGGUGUCAUGUGAAUUACGAGAAAUAGAGCCCAUUUAAGGAAAAAUGGAAUUAGACUUUUCACUAUAAUGCCAUGUUGAACAACUUAGUCAUAGCUUCUGGUCUUGGAGGAAGCAGAGGAUUCAAUGGCGCAGUAACAUUUCUUCAAAAAUGGCUUUCCAUUAUUUAUCAUGGAACAAGUGCCCACAUCUGUAGGAUAUGAAGACUCUUGGGAAAUCUCAGGAUUCAUCCUCUAUUUUUAUAUUAAAUAUGCCCCUCUUCUUUUUUUCAGUUAGCAUUUUGGAAAGUGGGAAAAAAAGGAAGAAAUCAUGCAUUUGAUACAUGAAAAAGUAAUUAACAGGUUUUAAAUACAUUAAACAAUUGGACUCAAAAUAAGACAUAGGUACUAUUUAAGUCUUUUUGGUUAUUUUAGGUUUGCGAUUUUUAUCUCUAAUAUUACAGAUUACCUGAUGGAACACUCCCAUUUUUCACAGGAGGGAAAUAGUUCUCUCAUGUGUCUAUGUUUAUGUGUAUCUUUUAUGGCUAAUUUUAGUUACUUCAGAAGCUUUUAAUGUAGGCUAAUUCAAUUUAUAAUCCACAUAAGCAUUGAUUGAAAAAAAAUAAUUAUAAUUAUUCCUCUGUAGAAAUAAAACCUCCAGUAGAGUCAAUGAAUACUUUUAUAAUAAUGUAAUAUAAUUCCCUGUAUUUCCUACCCUUGUGUUUUAAACUGCUGCUAUUGUAGUUCACAUAUAUUCCAGCCUUUAUAAAAUACUCAUUUUAUUACCUUUACAGAAGUGGAAGUUCAAUUAAUGUUCUUGUCAUCCUGAAGUAUAUUAUAUGCCAUGUGCUUGUUAUAAAGGUUCUGAUAUGCCAGAAGACAUCAUCCUAAUUUUCAUUUUAUAAAGAAUCAUAUUUGAGAAUGCCAUAAUACUUAUCUUUUAUAACACCAGUUUCCCUUGUUUUGCUUGUCUUUUUAUGAAUGUCAUUACUUUAAAGAGUUUACUUCAUUAGUUUAAAUUGUAGAUAGAAGAUGAGACCCUGCUCUACACUAAUUUUCCCCACUCCACAUUAAGAUAUUUUUAAAGAUAUAGUGAACAAAGAAAAUGAUUUGUAUUUUGUGUCUGAAAUUAAGCUUUAAAAAUAUGAUUUCUGUAAUUUUGGCUUUUUGGUUAAAGUAAAAUAUAUUUUGCAAUUUAUUUAGUUUUAUAAUAUUAUAAGUAAAGACGUGACAGGUGAAAUAGGAGUUACCUUAUGAGAAGGAGGUUAGUAAUUUUCUUAGUAUUGCUGCUAAUUUGAUUGCCACAUAAAAACUUUCUGUGCUGACAUCAGAGCAGCGUCUCCCAGGGCGGGUGAGAUGGGGGACCCACAGCUGGCAGGGGCAGCUGGCAGCUCCAAAGCCUGCCGACCCCGCUGGGCCGCGGCCAGACCAUCUCGAGGUGAAUGCAUUUCUUUUGUAAGCUCCGUCUGAGGUUAUCUUUGAUUUCCUUCUCUUGCCAUCGCCACUGACAUCAUCCAAAUUGACUGAGUCUUUUGUUAUUUAAAAAAUAAAAAAAUAAUGGAAUGAAACUAUGCUUAAGAUCACUUUAAAAAUAAAGAUAAUGAAUGAAAUUAUAAAAGUGUAUUAACAAUAAAGUAGGAGUGUAGA